GGGGCUUUCCAACUGAGACAUCAACAGCCAGAAGAAUAAGCGGCGGCUCCAUUUUGCUAUGUUCCCAUCUCGAUUUWAAAAAAACAUUUACUUUAAUAUUGUUUUUACGAUGUCAGCUACCGAUAAAAAUACUCUAGCUGUCUAUUUUAAAAACGGUGGAGUUCGGUCGUUUUCAUUGUAAGCGGUUACAUUGUGGUGUUCGCGUUCAUGAACGUGCCAUUCACCGAAGCUCCAUUUAUAACAUUGUAGCUCCUGAAAAACGACGUUGCAUUGGCCAACGUUACAGAUCUGAUUCAUGUCAUGUCAGCAGGGCGGAAUGCGGACGGGCGGGAGCUGCAGAUCCCCCUCCAGCAUCGCUCUCCCUCCCUGGCUGCUCUCUCUCUGGCCCAGCGCCCCUGGCCCAGCGACCCCGAGGCAGGCUUCUUACCCCAGCACGGGGGCUUCUGGGACCACUUCAUAGCCACCCCAGAGCCCAAAUACUGCUGUGAGGCCUGCAGGCUAGUGCUCUGCAACCCCAGGCAGACAGAGUGUGGACACCGCUUCUGUGAAACCUGCAUCUCCGAGCAGCUAAGCAAACCAAAUCCAGUAUGUCCAGCAGAUAUGGAGCCGCUUUUCAAAGACAAGAUCUUCCGUGAUGUGUGCUGCCAUAGAGAGAUCAUGGCUCUGAGAGUGUACUGCAGGAGUGAGAAGAAUGGCUGUAAGGAGCAGAUGAGUCUACAUCAGGUCAUGGAUCAUUUGAAUGUGUGUCCGUAUUUUGAGGUGCCAUGCCCUUUAGGAAAGUGCAAAGAGAAGAUGAUGCGCAAAGACAUUCCUGAGCACUUGAGUUGGAAAUGUAAACAUAGAGAGACCACCUGUGAAUUCUGCAUGCACAAGAUGGCCAUGACUGAAUUACAGAAACACAAAGAAACCGUUUGUCCUUCAUUUCCGGUGGCCUGCCCCAAUCAUUGUACUUUUCCCUCCAUCUUACGGAGCGAGCUGACAAGUCAUCAACAUGAGUGCCCCAAGGCUCAUGUCACCUGCUCCUUUAUCCGCUUUGGAUGCAAUUUCAAGGGUCUCAAUCAAGACAUGAGGGAUCAUGAAUCUAGCUUUGCCUCUGAACACCUGCGGCUGAUGGCAACCAGGAACACUACGCUGGAGGCCAAGAUGGAGGAUGUUAAAGGAGAGCUUCUGGAGCGGUACAAGGUUCUGCCAGGCCUAAGCAGCCGCCUGUCUGAAACAGAGUCUCAGUACGAGGAGAUGAGGGAGAAUAACAGACAGCUGGAGCAGAAGCUCACUACCAUGCAGAACUUGAUGAGUUCCCACUCUGAGAAGCUUUUGGAGAUGGAGCUGGAGCUGAGGUCUCUGAGGACCAUCCGAGAGGAGGUGGAAACACUACGAGGCACCGUGGAGAGCAUUCGUUCCAGGGUUGCAUCGCUAGAGGGAGGAAGGGGCGGGGCCAUCCCAGCCACACACACACUAGGUUCUUUAGAGACACAGCUCUCCCGUCAGGACGACAUGCUGAGUGUCCACGAGAUCCGCUUGGCCGACAUGGACCUGCGCUUCCAGGUCCUAGAGACGGCCUCCUUCAAUGGGACGCUCAUCUGGAAGAUCCGUGACUACAAGCGGCGGAAACAAGAAGCCGUGGCGUCAAAGACCCUGUCUCUCUACAGCCAGCCUUUCUACACUGGCUACUUUGGCUACAAGAUGUGUGCCCGGGUCUACCUGAACGGAGACGGCAUGGGGAAAGGAACCCACCUGUCUCUGUUCUUUGUGGUGAUGCGUGGCGAGUACGAUGCCCUGCUGCUCUGGCCCUUUAAGCAGAAGGUGACUCUGAUGCUGAUGGACCAGGGCCCAGCCAGGAAGCACCUAGGGGAUGCCUUCAAACCAGACCCCAACAGCAGCAGCUUCAGACGACCCACGGCAGAGAUGAACAUAGCCUCGGGCUGCCCGCUGUUCGUGGCCCAGACUGUGCUGGAGAACGGUACUUACAUCAAGGAUGAUACCAUCUUCAUUAAGGUCACAGUGGAUACAUCUGACCUCCCUGACCCUUGACCCCUGGUCUGUAGAGAACAGCAGAUGUAUCUGGAUUAUGUGAGAGAGAGAUUGCAAAAGAUGGAAUGGAGAGAGCAGAAAGAAGGAUGGAGAACAAGAAAAUAACAGAAGUCAGAAGAGUAAGGUUUCUUUGCAGAUCUCAAGGUGCAGCCUAAGCCUGCAGAAAGAGCUGGGUGGACCUCAGAGCAGUUGCCUUUGGUGCCUGUGUUGCUCACCAAAUAGGUGAGAGAAGGAAGUGGUUCUUUUUCAACCAGGCUGAAUGUUAAAAAGUCUAAAGAAUGCCUAUAUUACUCACAGCAGGGAGUGGUAUAAAUGGCAAUGGAUAGUGGAUCAUUCUAACCCAAGUUAUCAGGAUGCAACCAUCAUCAAACUACAUGAACCCAGUAUGUAUGUAUGUAUGUAUGUAUGUAUGUAUGUAUGUAUGUAUGUAUGUAUGUAUGUAUGUAUGUAUGUAUAGCAAUCUACCAGAACCAAAAAUCAUAUAGAAUGGAGAUAGUGAAUAUAUUUCAGUAGACAUUAAUCAUUUCUGCCUUGAAGAACAUGGGACAGUGCAUCAUCCAACACAAGUCGAGGUGUGGAAAUAGUUGGGCACGGUACAACUAUCUUCUGUAAUAUCAAAUAUCUCUGAGAACUCAUUACUUGACUUUGAUGAAACAUGUCUACAUUAAAGCCAGAAGAUACAAUCCCACAUGAUAUGUUGAAUAAGGAGAUACAAUGCAAUAUGUGGUUGUGUAUGUUGUUUGCAUUGCUGGUGAAGUUUGGUUGUAUUAUUACAUUGUUAAAGUACAGAAUGUAACGUACAGUAUGUAUGUUUCUAGUCUUGUGAUUGUGUUGGAGAAAGUUGUUGAUUGACAAGAUUUUAUUAACAGGUGUUGUGUGAGCAGUAGGGUGUGUCUUGUGUGCAGGCUACAGCCUGUCUCUUAUUUCAGAUUUGGUUUUAGUGGACCUGGUCUGCAUCUGAAAUGGCAUCCUGCUACCUAUAUUGUGCACUACUGUUGGCCAGAGCUGUACAAAAGUAGUGCACUAUAUAGGGAUUCGGGUGCCAUUUCAGACACAGACAAAGAUAGCACAAAGGAAUGGAUACACACCGGUACAGCAAUGCCACUGUCUCGCGGAGUUAAGAAUAAGACUUUCAUUUUSAAGAUCUAUAAAGAUCUGUAAAUUACUUCUAUACUGCUUUUUGUAACUUACACAUUGUUUUGUAAUGUUCAGAACAGAUGCUGUGCAUCAUAUUUUUUUUGUAACAGUUGGGAAAACAAAAUGCCUCAUUAAAACUCCAACCAUGUUGAUUGAGCUGAGACAUAAAGUGACAGUGACUUGUUUUCAUGAUGGUUGGUGGAGAAUGUUAUUUGCACAAGUUAUGUUUGAAUUUGUAUUAAUAAAAUUGUUAA